AAGCCAAAUUUCAAGAAAAUGGUUAACUACUUGGAGAAGAACAAAGCAUGCCUUGCAAUGAUAUUUGUACAGCUUGCCUAUGCAGGCAUGGCCCUGUUCUCUAAAGCAGCUGUAGCUAAAGGAAUGAACGCUUAUGUCUUUGUAGCAUAUCGACAAGUAUUUGCCACUAUUGCCUUGGCUCCAUUUGCCUUCUUCAUUGACAGGAAGAAGGCUGAUCCACUAUCAUACAAACUAAUUUGGAAAAUCUUCUUUACUUCUUUGUUUGGGAUAACUUUGAGCUUGAAUCUCUAUGUGUAUGCUAUAAAUUUCAUCUCGGCGACAUUUGCUGCUGCCAGUGUAAACACAGUACCUGUGCUUACCUUCAUUAUAGCCGUUACAUUAAGGAUUGAAAGCCUCUCCAUAAGGCAUUUUUAUGGGAUUGCCAAGGUAGUGGGCUCAGCGGUUGGUCUUUCUGGGGCCAUGGUGUUUGCAUUUGUCAAAGGGCCUCAAGUGAAUUUCAUGAACUGGUUCACACCGAACCACAAGGCAACCCCAAGUAUGAAUUUAGGUUCCAAGGACUGGGUAAAAGGCUGUAUACUCAUGCUCAUGGGCAACUUCGCUUGGUCUUCGUGGCUCGUCAUGCAGGCCCCUUUGAUGAAACAAUAUUCGGCAAAAAUCCGUCUCACCGAGCUGCAGUGUUUCUUUAGCUGCCUACAAUCCUUGGUUUGGGCCAUGGCAAUGGAGAGGGACAUAUCAUCAUGGAAGCUUGGAUGGGAUUUGAAUCUUCUUUCAGUGGCCUAUUGUGGUGUAGUGGUGACUGGUGUGACCUAUUGGUUACAACUUUGGGUUGUGGAGAAAAAAGGACCUCUUUUUGUUGCUGCGUUCACUCCAUUGGCACUGAUUAUAACUGCUAUCAUCUCAAUGUUCCUGUGGAAGGAGAUACUCCACUGGGGAAGUAUUUGUGGAUGCAUAUUGCUGGCAGCGGGGCUGUACUGCGUCUUGUGGGGGAAAAAUAAAGAGAUAAAAGAAGAGGCAACCAAAGAGCUAUCUGACUCCAAAGAAGAAAUAAUUUUGUAGUGAUAAUUGAUGAGAUGAGUUUGCUGUUAAUAUUAAGCCUUGCAUGCCAUAACUGUUACAUUAACGGCAUGCAUAGAAUGCCGUAAAAAGAUGUGAGUAUUUACGACAUGACUUUAUACGGUAUGCGUCCGUGUGUCGUAAAAAGCAAACUUUGUUGUAAUGAUUUUUGAUGUAUUUUGUAUAUUAUAGACGUUGCAGUAUAAAAUAUUACUAUUGUGCAUUGUAAAGGUUAUAAAUAUGCUGGUUAAUUCUA